AUGGAUAUCAACCUUGGCUCUCGGAGACGUUGGUUCCGUACUCGGAUAGCAUUGAACUACGUCAGGCCGCCAGAGCGAUCAAAGCUGAUGUUAGGAUUCUUUCAGGCAAUUGGCGGCGCCCCUGACGCUCUCCGUAUGCAACGCGUUGUCAGCUUUUAUGAGAAACUCCCUCGAGGCGCAGCCCCCGAGGUCAAGGCUAAAGGUCUCCUUGGUCGAUAUCAGGCAAAGUACUUUGGCAAGAAGACUUCCGUGCAGCCUAUUAUUCACGUCUUGGCUCUAUUGAUCGGCAUUGGCUAUGCUCAAAAUUACUACUUCCACCUUCGCCAUCACAAGAACAACGCUCACUAA